GUAUAAAGCGCGGUCGAUUCAAUUUACUAAUUACUAUUGGGAUUGAUUGGACUAAGGCAAUAAAAUAUAAGAUUUUUGAUGAGUGAUAUUGGAAAAUUAAUUGGCAGUAAAAUUAGGGAGUGGUGGAGGGUGGAGAUCGCCUUCAUCUAAUUACUGCCGCAUUUCAUGAUUUCCACCCGGCACCCGUCAAUUGAAAUCAAAAUCAUGAAAUCAAAAUAUAAAAUAAGUAUCCAGAAACGUGUGGUGAAAACCAAGAAACCAACCAUGGAGCCAUUCAGUCGAAGUGAGAGACAGAUACAUGGAAGAACAGAUGUGUUCUUCAAGCCACCCAGUCGACAUGAACAAGACACAAGGCCCUUGAGACAGAGACAGUUGAACAAAAGGGCAAUGGAUCUUCAGCAAAGUGGUGGAAUAGUCAACAUAAAGGGUGGUCAGAUGCAGUUUGGGAGGCAUAGAGAAGGAGAUAUCCCUCCUGUGAAGAUUGCACAAGAUAAAGGUGAUCUAGAGUGGAGUGACAAGCCAGCGCAGACCUCUCUGCCGUCCACGGGCGACUCGGCCGACCUGUUUCCGGACGGCGGGGAGCCGGCGCUGGCCUCUGCCGAGUUCAACACCACCCUGCGGCUGGCGCAGCGCAUCCGGCGCCUGGAGCUGGACGAGCCCGACCUGGACCGGCUGGCCGAGGAGCGGCUGCAGAGCUGCCCGUGCGCCGCCCAGCAGGUGCGCAGCAAGGCGUUCGAGCGUCUAAACUACGGUCCGAGCGAGUGUCAGUACGGUAACCUGGUGCCGGUCGAGCUGGAAGAGUCGCUACUGGUCAGACAGAUCGAGGCACGCACGCAGGCCCGUGUGGAAGCGUACCGUCCGGAGCCGGGCCGGCGGCCGCCGGCGCCGCACGUCGGCGACCUGAUGCACCUGGCCGUCCAGCACGAGUUCCCCGUGCCGCCGGCGCCGGACGCGCUGCACGUGAGCGCCCCGCAGCCGCGGCCCGUCGGUCACGACCAGCUGGCGCGGCGCGCCUCGCAGCGGCACUCGCGGCUGUUCAGCGGCCAGCACCGCUGAGUGCCGGCCCCAGCGUCCUGGUCACGAUAUCAGGUAUUUGUGUACAUGAUAAGGUCCUCACUAGGCCAAAUAUCCACGGAAGCUCUGUCAUCUCAUAAUCAAUCCAGCUUCCAAUCGUGGUGUCUUAGUCACGCCAUAUAUUUGUAUUAAAACUAUAGCUACCGACCGAUGAGCGACCGAUACGGCUGUGAAUAUACAUAUGACAAUUACAUAACGAACGAGCAAGUGUAUUAACGCUCAAAUCAAUCACGUGAGAAAUAUAAGUGCACCAUUGGACG